AUGGGACUGGACGCCUUGCCAACGGAGCUGGUCUAUCAAAUCGCCAGACACUUGCCCCGGCCGAGGGACGUCGACGCCCUGGCCAAGGUGAAUCAGCGCUUCUUCGCCAUCCUCGAUCCGGUUCUCUACAAACUUGAAGAGAAUGCCAACCUUGCCCUUCAAUGGGCCACGUGGAAGGGCAACACUGAGACAGCAAGGAAAGCGCUGCGAUAUGGAGCCAGACCCAACAUAAUUGAAAUCGGCAGGGACUGUCCCCUCAGAUAUGCCGUGGCCCAAGGGCGUCUGCCUAUUAUCAAGCUCCUACUCGACAAUGGCGCCAUCAUUCGUGACCCAAUGAUCUUGGCAACAGCCGCUUUUAACGGGUUGGACGAGAUAACCAAGUUGCUCCUCGAGCGUGGAGCAAGCCCGAAUGCGAAAUGUGAGGACAAGACGCCUCUUAUUUACGCCGUGGAGAAGGCGAGAGAGGGCACUUUUGCACUGCUGUUGCAGCGAGGGGCCGAUAUUUUCGCCAGCGAUCGCAGCGGAUCGUCUGUUCUAUUCUACGCUGUUGAUGGCGGGUGCACCAGGAUCAUGGAGAAGCUGCUCGAUCUUGGGCUUGACAAAUACCAGUCCCUUGGCAGUUCGGGGCCUGCCCAGAUCCACGCCGCCCGGCUUGGUAGACUGGACAUUGUCAAGCUGUUCAAUGAACGGGACGUCGACGUUGACUUGAGUGAUUAUUUCGGCCGGACAGCACUUUAUUGGGCCGCCGCCAAGGGCCAUCUCGAGGUGGUGCAAUAUCUGCUGCAGCAGGGCGCGUCGUUGGAAAUCGGCGACGAUAGGGGCAACACUCCUGCAUUGCAUGCGGCCAUCAAGGGCAGGACCUCCGUUGUGAAAACAUUGCUUGAUCACGGAGCAGAUCUAGAAUACAAGGAUCACAUCGGACGAACCAUGUUGUCUCGGGCGGCGGAACAAGGCCUUGAGGAUACCACUCAGUUCCUGUUGGACAGAGGUGCCAACAUAGAGACGGUGGAUAAGGAAGGGCGGACGCCUCUGCUCUUGGCGGCGGGUACUAACCGUGUGAAAACCGUCAAGCUGCUCAUCGACAGGGGCGCCAACGUGAACUGUACCGAUGGUGAAUCAUCGCCAUUGUCAGUUGCGGCAGACGGCGGGUAUUCGCAGGUAGCCAGAUUGCUCCUAAAGGCACGCGCGUCUACCGAGUUCACCACACCAAAAGAGCAAACCCCCUUGUUCCUUGCAGUAAUGUCCCAAGGUCCCUCCGCUACCGAUACCGUCCGCACUCUUCUCGACUACGGGGCCAACAUAGAAGCCACAGACAAACAUGGCAAGACGGCGCUACAUUACACCUUGAUGACGCACGAAAAGUUCCUGUAUCUGCUCGUCGCGAGAGGAGCGAAUCUCGAUGCCAGAGACAGCUUCGGACGAAAUUUGCUCAUGUACGCAGCUACCAGUGGUCAAGGUGACUAUAUACAUGCCUUGAUCGACCUGGGCCUGAAAGUCAACGACCAAGAUGGAGACGGCAUGACGGCGCUGCAUUAUGCCGUAAUGUCUCAAGCGGCGGACUCGAUGCUGCCGCUGCUACAACACGGUGCCGACCCUGAAAUCAGAGACAAUGAGGGCUACUCGGUGUAUGAGGUGGCGAUGGAGAACCACGACAACUUGCUGAUGGAGGCUGAGGCUGAAUUGGAGGAGAUGAGAAUUUGA